AUGAGGUUUAAAGGAAGGAAGUGGUCUGCUCCAAAGGAAGCGAACAAGCCAUUCUUUGUAGGCAUCAAGAUAUACCCUUCGACUCUCAGGUUGAAUCUAGCAUCUUGUAAGCCAAAUGUGGAGAAUAAAAUUCAAAUUAAGUCAACAGUUCCAGUUCUUCGAGACCCGAUAACCAGGAAAUAUCUGAAUGUAACAAUUUACCCCCCAAAUGGAUUAAAAGUGCGAGAUGGGAAGUGCCAACAGCAGCUGACAGAAAAUAGACUGAGUUUCGAUGUGGAUAUUCUACCAGACUGCAAAGCCUUGCAGGAAAAUCGCAUGGAGAAAAAAAACAUUGUGAUCACAUAUAUGGGAGGUGGAAAGUUUUGGAUGGUGAACGGGAUGUCUGUUACAAUUUCGGUAUACAUUUAUGAAAAACAUAUAGAACAAUGCCAGAGUUAUGGCGACCCACACUACCUCGGCAUGGCUGCGAUAGGGAAUUCCAGAGGAUUCGAUUUCAUGGGGCACGGAGACUUUAUCCUGUACAGGAAUAAAGAGAAAAAUUUUGAGGUUCACACUAGGCAGUGGGCUUGUAAUAGUCCUUCAGUUACCUGUAACUGUGGAGCAGUGUUAAGAGAUCACAAUGACGUAAUUGAGUUCAACUGUUGUAACAAGGACCUUACGUUUGAACAUCCCACGCCAUUGCAAGUCAAACUGCGAAGCCACCAUAAGUGUUUGAGGCCUGGAAUUUCUAUUGGAAAGAAAUCUAAUGGUGGUAACGAUUAUUACACGGUGAUUUUUCCAACUGGAGUGAAAGUAGAUAUUGUGCGCAACCCUUGGGGAAUAGAUGUUACAAUUCUAACUAAUCGAGCGGAUUCAAAGGUUAAUGAGUCGGGGAUUUGCUUGUACGAAGAUAGGGAUAACCGUAGUAUGACCAUUGAUGAAUAUGGUGAAACUCAAAGAAAAACUCCCAAAGAGAGUCUUUUUGAUGUUCUGCCAGAAAAAAUAAAUGACACCAAGGCAAGUUAUUCAUCAGUAUGUCCCUGCGAAGAUGAUGUAUGUGACGAGAGCAAUGCAGUAAGGGCAUCCUUCGUUCCAUCUUUCCUUCGGUUCGGAAUGACCCCAUACAAUUUGUGUAAUCUUUCACGGAAGAGGGACGUGCGUUACUCAGAUGAUUUAACAGACGAAGAUUACGACUUAUUUAAAACUCCACAUCCGUCUGACACUCAAGUCCGCUUUAAAAGGGCCCUGCCUGCUCCAAAGGAGAAUGCCACUCGCUACUGUACUGAGAAGAUAAAAAACAGUAAAGUUGGAAAACAUUGUGCUGAUAUUGGUGUUGAUGUACAAGAAUACGUGAACAGCUGCUCAGAUGAUGUUUCGAUGACCGGAGAUUAUACAUUUGCCAUUGGAAUUGUUUCUAUGCUGACGAGUGAAUGUGGGUAUGUGGCUGCUAUAAGUGCGUCCAGUUAUCAAAAUGAUAGUAGCAAUGGGAAACAAGGUGCGGAUUCCAUUGGAAAUAAAAUCGUUGAGCUAUUGUGCCCCAACGACUGCGCCUUUAAUGGAAACUGUGUCAAUGGCUCGUGUGUUUGCAAUAAAGACUAUACAGCGGCAGACUGCUCAAUCCCUGUCCAUCAAAAGCCAAGUCUCUCCAAAUUACAGGGAGAUGGUCUAUGCGAUAAACGCGUUCGUCCUUGCAAGAAGGUGACAGUAAUGGGAACUGGAUGGUUUAACUCUACAAAUAUUACCUGUCAUGUGGCUGAGUUUGAGGUUGAUGAGAGUUCUUGGACACCAAACAAAACAGAACGUAGUUUCCCAGGUGUUAUGGUAGAUCUUUUGCUUGUUGAUUGCUACCUACCAGACUCGCCUGUAAAGCAGGGACAUUUCGACAGAAACAUUGGUGGGACUGUGGCUGCUGGGCUUACAAUAUCUGUGUCAAACGAUGGUAUUCACAAAAGCGACCAAAGCCUCAAAUUUAUAUCAUACGACUCAGCCUGUAUGGACUGUAAUGUUUCACUUGGAUGUUCUCUUAAGGAUGAUUCCUGUUACAUCAAUCAAUAUUGUUUUGCUCCAAAUGAGGUUCAUCCAGAAGACCCUUGUAGGCAGUGCCUUCCUAAUUUUAGUAAAAACACCUGGACUAAACGGCAAGAAAACCUUCCACCCAAGAUUAGUUCGCAAUUUCAGUACUUUGCUUUAUAUCAAGAAACCUUGGAGUUGAUGUUUGAUGCAGUCGACCCAGAAGACAUACCAGUCACAAUUUCAUUGACGGACGAGAACCCAAAAGAAGCCGUGAUGACGGAUAAUGUUUUUCGAUGGACCGUCACGACGAACAAAACCACCACAUUCCAGCUCAAAGCAACGGACACCUGCCAGGCUUCUUCCACCUUCACUUUCAGUGUUUCUCUGGUACGUUGUCCAUGUCGGAAUAAUGGAAACUGCUCUCCUCUAAAGCCAAGGGGAUCAGGUUUUUACUCGUGCAACUGUCCACCUGGAUUUACAGGAAAGGAGUGUGAGAUCAACACUGAUGACUGCAAGUCAUACCCCUGUUUUCAAGGUCGUUGUGUCGAUGGUGUCAACAAUUACACAUGCAUGUGCUAUCCUGGUUAUGUUGGAAGAAAUUGUGAACACAACUUCAAUGACUGUGCCUCAUCUCCUUGUGUUCACGGGAAAUGUGUUGACCAGUUAAAUAGCUACAACUGUCGGUGUGACAGAGGUUACACAGGACGUGACUGUGACAUAGAUAUUGACGAGUGUCAGUCAUCCCCUUGUGUCAACGUUCAUAGGUCUAGAAGGAAGAGCUAUUCUGAAAGUGUCAGUUAG